GCCGCCCCUAUGUGAUGACGAGGGAGGAAGGUGGAAGGGCAUGAUAGUAACUCUUAAUUAAAGCAGAUCUAAACAAUGGCAGGCCGAGCCGGAGAGACAGUCGUGACUAAACGUCUCGUUGAGAACCUUCAAACCGAUCUACGUGGUCUCUCCAAUGAAAGCAAAAGAAAAUUUCCGCCUGUGAAGGAGGCUGCAGAAGCGGGAAUACUCAAGAUUCGAACCAUCGCUGCACGGAAUAAAAACAUUUUGCCCGCACUUGUAGCGUGCAGUGGUGAGAUCCUUCAACCAUUUCUUCUUGGAUGUGACACCAAGAACCUCAAAAUAGUCCAGCUAUGUCUCGGUUCGGUUCAAAGGCUCAUCACUCAUGAAGCGCUAUCUGUUGGAGCUGCUAGCAAUGUGAUUAACAUGUUGUGGAAUCUAAUGGAGGGAGGUAUUGAGGAUCUAAAAGUCCUACAAACAGCUGUAGUCAUCCUAACCUCAAACACCAUAGUCAGGGGACCUGCACUUGCUAGGGCAAUCGUGGUGUGUUUCCGACUUCACUUUUCAAAAGACAAUACAACAAGUAACACAGCAUCAGCCAUAGUACAACAAGUGAUCUCAAUUGUCAUGGAGAGGGUAUUGGCUGAAGACGAUGCAAAUGCAGAUGGAGCUGAAUCUGACGUUGAUUUGGAGAAGUUGAAAUCCAGCAGUACAAGCAGUAAGGCAGCACCCAAGUCACUCCGGCCAUGUGCUACGGAUGCUUACUUACUUUUUCAGGAUCUUUGCUAUCUCCUGAAUGGUGACCAUCCAUACUGGCUGUCUGGUAUGACUGAAAUGACAAGGACAUUUGGUCUGGAACUCCUAGAGUCAGUCCUGAACAGCUUUCCACAGAUAUUCUUAAGGCAUAAGGAGUUUAGUUUCCUCUUGAAGGAGCGUGUGUGUCCUCUGGUGAUCAAACUCUUCUCACCUAGUAUUAAACAUCGUCAGGGAAUAGUUGCUCCUUCACCUCCUACUAGUCCUGAGAAACCCUCGUUCCCUAUCAGUAUGAGACUGCUUAGGGUGGUCUCAGUGCUUAUUAACAAGUACUACACAUUAUUGGUGACAGAGUGUGAGAUAUUUCUGUCUCUCCUUGUCAAGUUUAUGGAGAGUGAUAAGUGUAUGUGGCAGCGCAUCCUAGCACUAGAAGUCAUGUACAAGCUAUGUUCUCAAGCUAAACUACUCAGGUGUUUUUGCCAGAGUUAUGACAUGAAGCCUCACUCAACCAAGAUCUUUGCUAAUAUCGUCAACGCUCUUGGCUCAUUCAUCCAAUCCUUGUUUGUUAACCCUGUAGUGGAGAGACAAUCCUCUCUUAUAUCUGAUAAACAGGGCAAAGAGAUGGGAAGUACCUCCUCCAUGCAAGCUGUCAAUAAUUUAGGCGGUAGCAGUGUAACACCACAUACAGCAUUCUCAUACAAAGGAGUCUGGAUACCACUUCUACCCGUUUCAUACUCCAAACCAGUCUUUCUUGAGAUGUUAGAUAAAGCUGAUGCACCAUUGAUACCAGAGGGCUAUGCCAUCUCAGUAGCCUUUGCGAGUCUCUUGGAUGUGGUUAAAGGCGUGACGACCAUUGUGACUCAAGAGAUGCAAGGAGAGGAACGUCGAUUGCGCAAUCAAGCUAGAGACAGGGAGCUUCAUGUUGUCAACUCAGAAACCAAGGAGAAGGAAUCUACUGAGGAGAAGGAGGAAGAUGCUAAUAGUUUCUUGUUGCAGGUUGAUGAAGGUCUUCGUCUGCUGUGGGAGGAGAUUGUGAAUUCAUCUUGGUGUGGUGUCCUUGCAGCUUUAACUCUACUCCUUGAUGCAUGUGAGCCUUUUUGGAGUAUGUACCUACGGUCUGCUAUUGCUCAUACAGACAGCAUGGAGGAAUCCGCUACUGAAUCCAUCUUGAAAUCACAGGAGUUAUACGCAAGCUUGUGUGGUAAACUGGGCCUUACAGUGCCUAGGGAUGCCUUUGUGACGUCUCUGUGUAAGGCGUCUUUACCUCCUCACUACGCACUGACUGUACUCAAUAUAGCUGCACCACAGACACCAUCUAAUCAACCAAGAGGUCAUAUGCGAUCACACAGCCGCGAUAACUUCCUUCAAGGCAGCCAGGCAGCUGAAGGUGGAUCUAAUGAAACAGAUGGUAGGAAUCAAGUGGUAGCAGUAGGCACCCCUCUAGCAACGGUGGUCGGUACUCAACAAGGACCAGUUAUGCUAACGGCCAAGAACAUCCAGUGUAUGCGUGCCAUCUUGAGCUUAGCUCACUGCCAUGGAUCCAUACUAGGCACUGCCUGGCAUCUGGUCCUCACUACCCUCCAACAUCUAGUCUGGAUCUUGGGUCUCAAGCCAGCCGCUGGGGGUAGCUUGAAGGUUGGCAGUGCAGCCGAGGCUCCUAACACGGUCAUCACGACGGCCGUCAUGGCCGAGCUGCCAGUACUCUCUGCCAUGUUGUCUCGUCUGUUUGAGAGCUCCCAGUACUUGGAUGAUGUGGCUCUACACCAUCUGAUUGAUGCAUUGUGUAAACUGUCUACUGAGGCAAUGGAUAUGGCCUUCUCUAACAGAGAACCCUCAUUGUUUGCGGUUGCAAAGCUGCUGGAGACGGGUUUGGUGAAUAUGUCAAGAAUGGAGGUAUUAUGGCGCCCUGUAACGGCUCACCUCCUUGAGGUGUGUAGUCAUCCUCAUGUAAGGAUGAGAGGUUGGGGUGCUGAGGCAGUUACAGCGUUAGUCAAGGCAUCCCUGGGAUUUAAACAUGAACCUCCUGUACAUCAGAAUCUGAGACUGCAGACACUAUUGUUGGGUCCAUUGCAGGAGUUAUCCUCCAUCCCACAUGCAGACAUCAGACAGAAACAAUUAGAAUGUGUACAUCAGUUACUUUCUAGUAAUGGUGAGACCAUGGUUCAUGGAUGGCCGCUGGUGUUAGGGGUGAUCGGAGCUGUCACUGAAGAUCAAGGGGAAAGUCUAAUCAGGACGGCCUUCCAGAGUUUGCAAUUAGUCGUCACAGACUUCCUUCCUAUCAUGCCUUGCUACUGCCUGCAAAUCAGUGUCACAACGGCAGCUAAGUUUGGUCUCCAGCAAGAAGAGCUGAAUAUCAGUCUAACUGCUGUGGGACUCCUAUGGAACAUCUCAGACUACCUCUACCAGAAUAGAGACAAGAUCCGUGAGGGUCUAGAGAAGGAAUCUCAAGACAUUGAGGCUCAGCCAGAGGGUUGUGAGCAACCAGUACCUCCCUUUGAUGCUCUGUGGUUGACCCUGUAUUCCCGACUGGCUGAUCUUUGCGUUGACCCCCGACCCGCUGUCAGGAAGAGUGGUGGACAGACACUGUUCUCUACCAUCAGUGCUCAUGGAGCACUCCUCAAGCUAUCAACAUGGCAGAUUGUUCUGUGGCAGGUGCUGUUCCCUUUACUGGACAAAGUGAAGAAGCUUUCAGGAACAGCGGGUCAGGAUAAAGUGGAAGGUGUUGUGAGUGGUAACAUUCUGAUUCAUCACUCUAGAGACACGGCUGAGAAACAAUGGGCAGAAACUAAAGUGCUUACCCUCGCUGGGGUAGCUAGAGUCUUCAACACAUGGAGGCAUGCACUACUCGCAUUAGGUGAUUUUCCACGUGCCUGGGCGUUACUUCUUGAGCACAUUGAAGCCUCGUCACUGAGUCAAAGCAGUGAAGUAUCUCUAGCAGCCCUCAAGAGCUUUCAAGAAAUCUUACAGAUUCAACCAGCUAAGAUGCCAAAGUCACUCAAGUCUUCUAAUCAGGUUGCUACGGGCUUGGCUAAUGACCUCCCCAUCCCAGGAGAUGAACACAUCAAGAGGAACAACCAUAAAGACUCUGUCCAAGACCACAAGAAGCAAGUUAAUGGCGCCACAGCAACUCCGUCUUCAACAAGCAAUAAAGACACGUUUGAUGACACAGCGAUGUGGGCGAUUGCAUGGCGUGUAUGGCAUAGCAUAGGUAUCACCAGCACAACACCACCAAGCUCUCGCACGGCCAACUCACUCCCAACUCAGCCGUUCUUAACAGCGCUAGUGCAGAUAUUCCCACCCUUGUUUGAUCACAUCAAGCCAAGGUUUAUCGCAGCUGAUCUGCAGAAGUUGUGUACAGUGUUGCAGUGUGCGGUGUCAGUCCCAGUACAGGCUGAUGUAUCUGUCUUCAUUAUUCCAUCAUUGUCUGAUUCAGAUCUCACUCCACUACAAGAGGCAGUACUACAUUGUCUCUAUGUUGUUCAACAGGCUAUUGGCGGUGCGUCUGAGUCUAUGCAGUCCAUGUAUCCAGCAGUAUUUGAUCAACUCCUGACCUUUGUUACAUACUCAUGUCAAGCGCCCUCGUUUGGCCAGAUUGAGACCAAGGUUGUCACUAAAGCCUCGUCCAAACAGUUUGAUCGAGCAAUCUUUGAGUGGAAGGUACCGAUGUUCAGAAAACAGCAAACAACGGAGAAAUGGGAUAAUUAUAGAGGCAAUACCCAGUCUGAUUGGGUCUCCAUGAACUACGUACCAUUUGCUGAGAAGGCCUUAGAGAUGACGACUGCUUUGUAUAAGACCACAGCCAGUCAUCCCCAAGUAGUUAGACUUCAUGUUCUUCAGAACAUACUCAAGGUUCUCCAACUACCACUUGGCCUGAAAUAUGCUUGCCCCUCCCCCACUACAUGGAAGCUAGCCAUCAGCUCACUCCUUGAGAUCCUACCAGUGGGCCUACCAGUCGCUAGGCAACCAUCAACAGCGAGUCACUUUACAGAUAUGUGGCUUGAUCUCGCAGCUGCGUUUGAGUUAUUCCUCUUCUCUGAUCAUCCGGCCCCAACAUCAACAUCUGUUGAAGAGCAACAGCGUGUAGAAGCCAUUGAUGUACAGGUUGUACAAAUGGUGCGUCAGACUAUAUUGCCCCACUCCACAAAUACACCCGAGCUGUUUACUGCUAGGAUAAUGACUCUAUUGAACAGGGGAUCAAUUCAUUCAGCUAACACCGCCAGCUUCCUAGAUGUUGACAACCGUCAAUUGAGAGAAGAGUUUGCCAAGUCCUGUUUUGAGACGUUGCUACAGUUCUCGUUCAUUGCGCAUGACUUGAGUAAGAUGACAGAUGAGGGCGGUCUAACUAAGAUGGCUUUGUCUGCGUUGCUACAACGUUGCCAAGAGGUAUUACAGAAGUACGUAGAGGAUGAACGACUCAGUGGAAAGUGCCCUCUUCCCAGAUCUAGGAUGGCCGAGAUGUCGUUUGUUCUUCAAGCUAUAACUACUUUGAUACAUUCCCUAAAGAAAGCUAAUAGUGGCAAUGUGGACCAUGCUACCUGGAGCCAAGUCAUUGACCUGUACCCAUACCUGGUGGACUGUACCACUUGCACCUCCUCACAGGUGUGUAAUGCACUCAAGGAAGCGUUGAGUCAGUACCAAGACCUACUAGUUGCCCCCGUCACCAGACUCCUUAACGGAACGUGAGGUUUGGUUUAGUUUUUCUAUAAAGUUGUGCAAGGCAUAUAUAUUUCUAUUGUAUAAUAUUAAUAUCAAAGUUUAAGUGGAAUUUUAUUUGGAUUAAUUGGUUUCUAUAAUAAUGAAGUUAAUAUUGAUUGAUGGAUGUUUCUUAUAAUCAAUUCUGUACUAAGUUUUGUCGUGUACCGAUAAAAAGUGAGUGGCAGUUGUUUUGAUCCAGUUCACCUGGUAUCCUCUCCUAAUCCCAAAUUGGGUAUGCAGAGUUUAUGUUUACCAGUUAAUAAAUUAUUCAGUUGAUGCAACAACUUGAGGUGGCCGAAGCCACAAUCACUUUGGUAACUGUCCAUGUGAAACGUUGGUAAAAUUAUAGAAUACACAUUAGCCUUUUAUUGCGGAAGAGGUUAUUUCCAAUUUUAACUUCAGAAGAAAAGUCAACUGCCUAACCUAUCCUCCAAGUAACUCAAUUAUUAUUAAUAUUUGAAUUCCUAAGAACAAGUCAUGCUUGGGUUGAUCAAGAGAACAUGUUUUAGAGACUUGAUUUAAUCCAUUUGUAACCCGCUGAUAAUUUAUGCCAUUGUAAGUUUACAAUGUUAGAGGAUAAACAAAGUUACCGGUACGACUCAAAAAACAGCUGGUGUGAGCGCUGCAUGAAGUGAAAGUCAAUUGAAAUCUAUAAUUUGAUGGACAAAGCCCCUAUAGCCUAAAGUAUAUAACAUCAACCCAAGUUAAAGUUGCAUUUUGUAAAUUCCAUUUUGUAUUCCUCUGUUAAUUUAUGCCACAGUUUAAAUGACCUUAGUUAUAAAGUUCAUCUUAAAUGUAUUUUCUGAUAGACCGAGCCCCCUAUACCAUAAAAUGUAUUACUUUAACCCAUAAUCAUGCCUGAUUUGAGGUAAAUAACCAUAGAUCUCUCAUUGCAUUUCAACAAGGGUGUAAAUUUGCAAUCCUGUGAUAAAGGAUUACCCCCUCUUGUGACAAUUUGUGGCCAAUUCAGAAUCUGUAAUUAUCUCUAAGUAAAAUACUCCAAGUUGGAGGCGCUUGUUUUGAAACUCAAGAGGAAUUCACUUGCCAUUUUUUAAAUGUUUUUUUUGUUUGUUUGUUCUUCAAGUAAACAAUCCCCAAUCUCAGAGUACAUGUAUAUGGUCUGUGUUGUGAAACUCAAUGUGUGGUGACCUGUGUAGGUACCCACACGAUAAUCUUAUCAAAAUAGCGACACUUUACUUUUCAUCAAUUGUUUGAGCAAUUCAAAAGUUGACGAAUGUGUAACCAACAACAACAAAUGUUGUUUUGUAUUACUUGGAAGUAGGCCCUUACAGAAGACUAGCAAGAGGCUGGUUGAAUUAAUGAUAAAACCCUGAAACUCAAAAUGGUCCACUUUGUGAAAAAUUUAUACGUUUUAAUAAUUGUUACAAGAAGUUCAAAUGUUGUAAUAGUUUACAAACAUCAAGUCCAAGUCCAGAUGACCGAGUCUAAUUUUUGGUCAUUGCCGAUCUUGAGUCAAGUCGGAGCCUGUGACCGAAUUAUCAAAAAUGCUUUUGUCUGCAUACAGUAAGUAUUCCAGACCUUUGCUGUUGUUUGAGUAAUGCGUUAUUAAUAUAUGUUUGUUUUGUAUGAGGAAUUCAAAAGCAUGUGCCAUAUAUACAGCCUCAGUUUAUGAAAUUUUAUACCUUGCUUUGAAACCUCUUAUUUAACUAAACAUUAUAACUAUUUUGUACUUGCAGUUUGCUGAAACUGUUGUUGCUUUUUGCAAGUAAAAACCACAAACACUUCCUGGUGACAUGUUUUUUAGGAAGUUACUAACAUUUUAUUUACAAAGGCGCACAUUUGUGCUAACCUCAUUACGCAAACUAUAAUUUGCUUAUUUUGGUGUUUUGCUGUGACUGUUUAUUUUCAAGAUCACCACUGACCAACAUUUCCUGGAAACUAUUUAUUUAAAAACUAGGUAAUAGCCUUGCCAGACUGGAUUCAAUAUUGUGAUUUAAUUGAUUUUCAUUAAAUAGAGUUGGUGUAAAAUCUCAUAUUAGAGCCAGCAUAGACCGAGUUCAAAUUCAACUUCAUUCCACAUCUCAAAGUUCACUUUUUAAGAACCAUAAGGAAGACAAUUUCCUUCAAUGGAUGCUUCAACACUAAUCGACCAAUAAAGACAACAGUAUCGCAUAAAGACUUCUAAGGUCAUUGGUGCAGUUGUGGAUUUUACAAGAUUGGUUUUGCGUAUUUGGAGUUCCUGGGGUGGAUUUCAGAAAGAGUUUAGACUUGUCUUAUCUUGAGGAGUAACUUUAGGAGUAGCCUUGCCUCUAGUUGUUAAUAACUCCUUACGAGUCCUAGAACUUGACCUAAGUUAGGACCAUCUUUGUGAAAUCAACCCCUGGUCUGGAUCAUGACUGGUCUCCAAAGUGUUUUUAUAUUGCGGAUAUGAAAUUACAAUUAACGAGCUUAUACCACUGAGCUAAUGAUUUGUGAUUUGAUGCUGAGUUUGGCAGGGCAUACCCACUGUCUGUGUGCUCAGCAGCUGUGUGAAAUCUGUCACAAUGUACAAUGAGUCAGUGAAAAACAGUAGAGCGGACAGUCACUGUGCAAAGUAAUGGACCUGCCACUAGUGGCGGAACCAAUUAUAUUAUACUGCACUUGAAGCAUCCUACAGUAAAUUACAUUAGGAAAGAAUAGGCAGUACCUGAGAGGAAACCGAUAAUAAUCCAUUAUUGGUGGGCGGUUGUGCUGUGUUUGGUAUUUAUCUCGAAAUGCACAAUAUACGGAUGUGUAUUCCUUGUAUUGCAACUCCAGCCCAAUUGUAUAGAACUGCAUAAGCAAAAAACGGUUUGCUGCAAAGUGAACAUGAGCAGGAUACCAUCACAGGCUCCCUGCACUAUAACCAAUUGGGCUCAGCCCUGUUAGCAAUUGGGCACAAGCCCUGUUGGAAAUUGGGCUCCCUGCACUAUAUCAAUUGGGCACAAGCCCUGUUGGAAAUUGGGCUCCCUGCACUGUAAUCAAUUGGGCUCAGCCCUGUUAGCAAUUGGGCUCCCUGCACUAUAAUCAAUUGGGCACAAGCCCCGUUGGAAAUUGGGCUCCCUGCACUAUAAUCAAUUGGGCCCUGCCUGAUAAUCAAUUGGGCUCGUAUUCUUCCUGUAGGGCCUACCUAUCAGUUUCUUUCCGCUAAUUAGAUACAAUCCUAUCUAAACACGCUGGUUAGGAUUUUGGUUAAUUUCCUUUUACAAGAGCUAUCCAUCCAUCAAAAAUGUCAAGUAGUUUUAUUUAGUUCAAGCUACAGUCAUAUUUACAUGUAAGGUGUCAUUUUUAGAACCAUUUCCAGCUUUGAUACUCAAAGGUAGUAUAUGCUUUAGCAAUUCUAUUUGAAAAGUAAUUUUUGAUUACUGUUUUAUUUCUAAGUGGUUAUCUAAAUAUUUGUUUUGCAUUGGGCAGAUGUUUACGUCAUACCUUUAUUUUGUUAAGCAACAGGCUUUAAUAUAAUCAGUUAUUAAUAUAUACAUUGUAAAUGUGCUAUCCAUUUUGCCUGCAUUAAAUUUCAUUUCACAGUCAUGAAUAAUAUUUACUACAAGUUUGACAUCAAACAUAUUCCCCCAAAAAUGGAAUACUUGAUAUCAACCACAAAUAACUUUAAUCAAACAUUAAACUUAUUAGCAAUAUUUACAAGUGUGGAACUGUAUUGACCUCCAAAUUGCAAACAAAAGACCUUAAAUAACUACUCGUAGACUUGUAAAGGCCUUUACAAAUUUGUUUCAAAUAAGUUCUUAAUAGGUUUUUAUAAUUACAUUGGUGUUUGUGUCACUCCUUUUCUUUAAGAAAGAUUUACUGGAAACUUUUUUAAUUUGAAUUUAAUGUGGUGGGGAAAAUAUUAAAAUAUUAAAAUUUAUUAUUAUUUUAAUGAAACAUUGUGAGUAAUAAAUUAAUUCCUUUGUUGAAGGUUGGUAAGUGCAUGUAAUGUUGGUGGUGAGACGUUAAAGGCAGUGGACACUAUUGGUAAUUGUCAAAGAAUAGCCUUCACGGUUGGUGUAUCUCAACAGAUGCAU